AUGGCUCGCCUGGCGGCCACACACCUUGCUCAAAGAGGUCGACGAAGCUCCCUGCGUGUGUGGAUCUCGCCAACAUUGACGUCGGGGAGCAGGCACGCAUUCUGGCGGACAUCCUGGCGCAGAGGGCGGGUACUGGGAAGAGGAAGGCGGCCGCCGCUGCCUCCCUGGUCCAGGGCAGCCUGA